AUGGCACGCCAAUUCGCACAGGCAGCCAUGAUGCGCUUCCAGUGUUCGCAGCUCGUCUACGACCGCAUCGAUCCCCUCGUGCAGCCAGGAUCCCUCCCCAGCGCACACAUGCACCAAAUCGUCGGCGGCAACUCCUUUAACGCCACCAUGACGCCCCUCUCCUACGACCCCUCCACCACCUCCACCUGCACCACCUGCGACUACUCUGAAGAUUUCAGUAACUACUGGACCGCGAACUUGUACUUCCGGGCGGCGAACGGGACCUACAAGCGGGUGCCGCAGAUGGUGAAUCUGGGGCUUUCAGGCCGUGAGGGCGUGACAGUUUACUACAUCCCACCAUAUGACGGUAAGAGCAAGGUGACCGCGUUUCCCAAGGGGUUCCGCAUGCUGGUAGGGGACGCGGGACUGCGGACGAAGGAGGGCCAGCAGAAGCAGCUGUGCCACCGGUGCUUCAGCAACAAGGAGCAGAAUCCUUUCGGCGGGGCUCCCUGUACUGGAGAUGACACUUAUGAUCUGCCGAAGAAGCAGUGUGGAGGGGGUAUCCGAACGACGAUUACGUUUCCGACGUGCUGGGAUGGGAAGAACAUUGAUUCACCAAACCACAAAGAGCACGUCGCAUACCCCUCAUCCGGCUCCUUUGAAUCCGGCGGCCCCUGCCCUUCAACCCAUCCCGUCAAGCUCCCACAACUCAUGUAUGAAGUGAUGUGGGACACCACCGUCUUCAACGACAAGUCCCUCUGGCCGACUGACGGCUCGCAGCCGUUCGUCUACAGCAUGGGGGAUGGUACCGGGUACGGUCAGCACGGUGACUACCUCUUUGGCUGGAAGGACGGCGUGCUCCAGAAAGCGCUCGACGCGCGGUGCAGCGGCAACGCGUGCAAGACGCUCAAGACGCAGACGAGUGCAGUGAGCACAAAGUGCGCAAAGGCGCAGUCUGUACAUGAAGAUGUGGAGGGAUGGCUGACUGAACUUCCCGGUGCACCUGCUGUUACUUUUGGUUGA